UGUACCGGGUGUGUUUUUCCUGCUCGUCGUUAUGUAAUUCCACUCUCCGCUGCCUCUUUUGUUAUAAGCGGGACAGCGUGACGUCAUCAUCUAGCUCGGGGAAGGGUCUGAGCGGCUCGCGCGGCUGCUGCUGCCUCCAGUCCAGCGCACGGGCGACAAAACAAACAGCGGCGGUGCGUUAGCUUAGCUAGCUGCGCUCUGAAAAACGGAAUAGACCUCUUGGUUUAAAUAUACUAUUGCAUGUGUGAGUGUGUACAGAUAAGAUAGUGCACGUUGAAGCACUGACUUGAACAUUUUUAUGAAUCUCGCCCUGCUCGCUAGGCACCAUGUCAGACGCUGCUAACGCUACUUCUACAGACAACAACGGAGACUCCGGGCUAAACGGGUCCUGGGUGGAGUUGGAGAUGAACAGAGGCUCAGCGGGGGCCCCCCAGCCCUCGUCCCCAGACAUCGUGGCUCCCAGCCUGCUGCCCCCCCCUCAGGUGGAGGAAGAGGAGGCCAUGGUGGGGGGGCUGGAGCACGUCCCAUCCUCGUCCUCCAUCCACAAGGGAGACAUGGAGAAGAUCCUCCUGGACGCCCAGCACGAGUCCAGCCGCAGCAACUCCUCCUGCGACAGCCCCCCGCGGCCCCACAGUCCUCAGGAUGACGGACAGAUCAUCUUUGACGUGGACGUGAGCGGCAGAAGAGACAGCCUGUCAGAAGAGGACCCCCUGGAGAAGGAGAGGGACCUGGACAUCCUGAUGAAGGACGCAGACUGGGUCGCUGAUUGGUCCAGUCGACCGGAAAACAUUCCCCCCAAGGAGUUUCAUUUCCGUCACCCUCGACGCUCCGUAACUCUCAGCAUGAGGAAGACGGGGGCCAUGAAGAAAGGAGGAAUGUUCUCCGCAGACUUCCUGAAAGUCUUCAUCCCCUCGCUGCUGCUAUCACACAUCCUCGCUCUGGGGCUGGGGGUCUACAUCGGGAAGAAGCUGAUCACCCCCCCCACCAGCUCCUUCUGAGGAGGGACAGAAGUUUAGUGCCUGAGGAGCGGCCAUGAGAUAUUUCAGAAAGUGUUGCUGUCGUGAGAAGAACGUCCCGUCUCUUCUCACCUCUGUCCCGCCUGCUCCCCCCCCCCCUCGUCCCUGAGAUGUGUUCUCAAGAGG